AUGUCGUCAAGGCCUUUUGGCUAUGGUUUAACAGCAGAAACUAAAAGUAAAAUUAACUCGAAAUACUCAGAAGAAUCUGAGCAGCAGGCAGUGUGGUGGAUAGAGAGUGUUCUUGGCGAAGAGGCCUUCAAUGGAGCAGUCGGCGCCAAGGAGGUGCAUUGUGCCUUGAGAGAUGGGCGAAUUCUGUGCCGAUUAAUCAACGCGUUAAACCCAGAAUCAAAGAAAAUCAAGUUUAAUGAUAAAGAGAAGUUAAUGCCUUUUAAAAUGAUGGAAAACAUAGGUUUGUUUUUGAGUGAAUGCGAGAAAUAUGGCUGCUCUAAGACAGAUCUUUUUCAAACGGCUGAUCUUUAUGACAAUCAAAACAUGCAUCAAGUGAUUUGUGCUAUUCACGCACUUGGAAGAAAAGCUAGAGCUAAUGGCUAUGACGGGCCAUCAUUAGGCCCAAGAGAGUCCGAGAAAAAUGUCAGAGAAUUUUCAGAAGAGCAACUCAAAGCUGGUCAGGGUAUAAUUGGCCUACAAAUGGGUUCAAAUAGAGGUGCCAAUGCUUCUGGUGUGAAUUACGGUAAAACAAGAGACAUUUUACAUUAA